AUGAGUCGAGCCUUCGCGGACCCAUGCUUAUUCAUAACAGUCCUGUUUUCUGCAUCGGCUCACUGGGACUCUAUCCAGGGUGUACCUCACUCUCCUCAAACAUUAUACCACCAGGCGCUCGCUUUAAAGUUACUGCGCGAGCAAUUGAAGGAUAGCAAUCGAACCAGCUACGAGAUGAUGAGUGGAUAUAAUACAGAUUCGGCGCUGAUACAUAGAGACGGCCUGCUGCAGAUGCUUGCCAAAAAUCAGAAUCAAGGCCCGGAGUUCGAGGCCCUAACUGCCCUGGUGAACCUCAAUUUGCUAGGACUUUCAGUGGUUGUGCACCAAGAGCCACCAUUUAUCCCGCCUGUUAACAGCUCAACACAUAUUAACCGUUUCACACUCAAGUCUGAGUGUCUGCCAUCUAACCUACUUCGGAGGGCUAUAAUACGAGUUGCAGAGAAUCAGAAUAGCCUGCUUACUAGCGAUACUGCGUCCGAUCUACAUAGCGUUCUCGAUUUCAUCAUCAUCGCCGAGCACGCCUCGAUUCUAGAACUAUACACCCUGCUCGCCGCUUCCAUAACGGAUAGGGCCAGAGAAGAAGGUUUCCCAGAGACAGGAUUGCAAAACACCCCUACCAACAAAACAGGCCAAAUUAUAAAUGAGUGCUGCCACCUAGCGAUUCGCAUAUUCUGGUCCAUCUUGCAGAACGCACUGUGCCCCGAGAGUACGUCCGUCGCCAGCGACCGCACGACGAUCUCCCACACGGCCAUUAGAAUGCUUCGCCCUAUCCUCCGCAAGCUGGACAUGGUUUCGUGGAAGAAGCACGCUCCAGAAGCGUACCUCUGGAUUUGCUUCACUGCGGUGGCGGCCUGUGAAAAGCCUGCAAGUCGUGUUCCCUUUGUUACAUCGGCGAUACCAGUGUUAAGUGCUGGUUAA